AUGCCCGCGCUGAAUUCUUUUUUGACUCUAGUCGAGCCGCGCGCGAACACACAACCUCAACACCGAACAACAAAGCACUCCAUGGCCAACAAAACCUGCCUAGCGCGCCUGCGAAAGGAGCUUCGCUCAUUCGACCCGCCGCCCUUCAUUCGCGCCGCACCACUCGAGUCCAACCUCCAGGAGUGGCGCUAUGUGCUGCAGGCGCCAAAGAUUACACAGUGCAACGCGGGCGUAUCAGAAAGCCCUCUUCGUUCGCGCGCCACUGGCUGGCGUUUGCUCUUACCGGGCUCUUCCGCUCCUCCGACCCUCUAG